AUGAGGGAAAAGCGAGAGCAGGAGGAUGAAAUCAGGCCGAGGCACAUGAUGGUGCCAUAUCUGAGUCCGUCCUUGAAAAUUUUCUCUCUUCCUCUGCGUACUAGGAGAGAGAUGGAUGGAUGGAUGGCGCAUCUCAUCAGUCGCUAUCAGAAUGAGCCGUGUGAGAGGCAGAGGGAUCUUGUGUUACCUGGUCCUCUGCUUUUUUCUUGCUUCUGUCAUCCUUCCCUUAUCCCCUUUCCGCGAUGGAUCGGUAAACUGCUUCCGACAUCCUGCGACAAUGGCGUCUCUUGGCAAGAUCAGACAAGCUUGUAUGGACGGGAGAAGCCUUACAAGAUUCUCCUCUUCGCCUAUCCCCGAUCUGGGUCUUCCCUCGUCGGCAGUCUCCUCUCUGCCGCCAAUCUGUCCUGGUACUACUUCGAGCCGCUGUUCUUCGUCAAAAACUGGGACAGGACUACGUACAACUACAGCAAGCGGGCGGAGGAAAUCCUAGAGAGCCUCUUCCACUGCGACCUCAGCAAGGUGGACGCGGAAUCGGGGAAGGGGAAAGCGUACGAGAACUGGAAGAUUCACCAGGGGUUUGCUGAUCCUCCGUGCGUUCCCUCCCAGCUGGACUACAUCGUCCAGAAGGUCAUCCGACUGCCUGCCACCCACCAUGUCAUGGAUUGGCUGGAGCGCAAUCCAGACAUUUUGGUGAUCCACCUGGUGCGAGACCCCCGCGGGAUCGUCAAUUCCAUCCAGAACCAACCCAACGAGGUUAACUUCAAGGACGAUUCGUGGGAGAUCUGCGAUCGGAUGUGGAGAGACAUCCUCGCCAUCGACUCGCUCUCGCGGCAGCGGAGGAGGAGAGUGCGAUACGAGGAUGUGGUGGAGAAUCCUCUCGCCGCAAUGGAGGAACUCUACGACUUCAUGAACAUCCCCUACACGAAGGAAGUCGAGGAUCGCAUCGAGGCCCAUUUCGACCGAGGGGAGUCGGGGAAUCAAAUACUCCAGAAUAAAUACUUCUCCACCUAUCGGAACAUGUCUGCUUUCGACCCGGAGCAUUGGCGCAGCCAAUUGGAACCGGAGCGGAUCGCACACAUCGAGGAAAUGUGUGGACACGUCCUCCAAGACCUAGGAUACCCUGUGGGAGACGUCCCGGAUCUCGAAUAA